AUGGCGCUGAACGUAGAGUUUAACAGCCAGUCCAAGCGCAUAAAGGUUACGCCUAACACAACGAUGUUCCGAGUGUUGACAGAAUCACGAGAGCAGUUCGACCUGCGCGAUUCGCGCCAGUAUCACCUUCUGCACCGCGGCAAGCCCAUUGAUCUAUCAAUCCCUUUUCGUUUGACGGGAAUCUCAAACAAUGCCUCUGUGGAGCUGGCUGAGCUCGAACGGACGCUUGUCGUGCAACAAGUUCGCGUGUGUAUCCAGUUGCACGAUGGCAAGCGCGUUCAAGCGACCUUUGGGAGUGACACAACGAUCGAGUGUAUGUUGACGUUCUUUAAGCUGCUCCCAGCGUCAAAACAGUUCUUCCUUGGAUUCCUGCGGCGCGAAAUCAAUUACGAUGCUUUCUCAACGACUACAUUGAAAGAACUAGGCAUCGUGAGUGGAUCGGCGAUGUUUCGCGUUCAGAUUGCAGAUGAACAACUGCCGUUGGCUGCGUCAAGCGCUCAAAGCCCCUCUACGCCCCCGCAAACACGUCACGUUUCGUUUCCGUCUAUUGAAUCUACGCCGCCCGGUUGCCGCUCUUCUGUGCCUGAGACAUUGGAUUGUGUUCCAGAAGUGCAGUCAGAAGACGUAGAAAUGAAAGAUGCGGCCGCUGAGCAUACAAUCGAUGUGGGCAUCCAGAAAAUGAGUACUUAUGAUGCAUUGCAAAUGUUGCGAGACAACAGUUUUGAUGCUGUGUCACGUAUCGCCAUCGUGACAUUGCUGAGGAUUGUUACGAACAUUUUGUCCGACCCAGAAAACAAAAAGUUGCGCGCGAUCCGACUGUCAAAUACGACGUUUUGUCGCUCAGUCGGUCAAGUGAAAGGUGGCAUCGAAUUCUUGACGUCCAUUGGAUUUGCAGUCAUUCCAGAAUCACAAAUGCUCGUGUUGAAUCUCGAUCCACGCGACACGAGUUUGCUGGAGGAGGGUCUAAGGCUACUGAGUAUUGAGGCCGACGACUUAAAUAUCUCAUCGGACACGCGUCCAGUUCUUUGUGAAGAGAAAGCGGACCCAACCUUUGACGUAUUCAAGACGCAGAUUACCCGUGUGCAGAUGCAACCGCGAGGCCCGAGCAGUACUGCAGUUCUUGUUGAUGCUCUGAAGUCGAAGCAAGAGCAAUUAAUUGGAAACGAUAAACCCCCUCGAAACACAACUGUUUUUCUUGAAGGAAAGCGAUCAAGUGGCUCUAUUGGCUCAGUGCUCGACAGCAGUGAACGAAGUGACGCACAGAUAUUAAUCUCGAGCCUUAAAGCUCGGCAGGUGGAGAUGGAGAAGACAAAGAACUUCCGUACGCGGGCGAUGCGUGAAUUAGAUGAGCUCAAGCGUAAACGGGUCUUUCAGACGGUGCUAAUCCGAGUUCAGUUUCCGGAUCGAGCCGUCAUGCAGGCUUCUUUUCACCCCAAUGAAACGAUCCAAGAUGUGAUGGACCAUGUAACGAAAUGUCUGGAUGACCAGUAUAAGGCUAGCAAGUUUUACCUCUACGUGACGCCUCCAACUCAGAGAUUGGCGGCUACUAAGACCUUGGUUGAGUUGAACCUCGUACCUGCUGCACUGACGUAUCUCUCGUGGUUAGAGGUGCCUCCUCAAGCCGAGGUGGCGAGCGUUGGUUUUUACUUCUGUGGUGACGUGCUGGCAGACGAAUGCGCCGAGUCCAAAGAGAAGGUUGGUUCGUCGCAGAAUACGGAUUAUCCAAAGCCCUUGCAACUCGAAAGUCUGCCUGCAGCGAAGACUGAGUCGUGUGAAGAGCCACCGCGUCAAACAAGUGCACGAGCAGAGUCAUCUAAGAAGAAGCCGUCGUGGUUCAAACUCUAG